CUUGCCAAGAUUAUGUYUUCUACUACUGGUGAGGCYRRCAAAUUCUCAUCAUUAACUUCAAYACAUGUAUGCUAUCAUUUUUCUCUUGAUGAGAUUCACUCUGCAACCAAUAAUUUUGAUGAUGAAGUGGUCAUCGGAAGGGGAGGUUYUGGAAAGGUGUACAAGGGCUCUAUUUGUAUAGGAGAAACUAGUCAUGUUGUGGCCUUCAAACGAUUGGAUUCUAUGUCCGACCAAGGGGCACUUGAGUUUAGAACCGAAAUUGAGAUGCUUUCUAAGUUGCGCCACUGUCACUUGGUGUCUCUGAUUGGUUUUUGUGAUGAUAACAAGGAGAUGAUCCUUGUCUAUGAGUAUAUGCCCAAUGGAACUUUAGACCAUCAUCUACACAAAGCUGAUACUCCUUUAAAUUGGGUGCAAAGACUAAAGAUAGCCUUAGGUGCUGCGCGUGGAUUGGACUAUCUUCACACUGGUGUUGGCACCCAACAUGGAGUCAUACAUCGUGAUAUUAAAAGCUCAAACAUUCUUUUGGAUGAGAACUGGGCAGCUAUGAUUUCGGAUUUUGGGUUGUCCAAGGUAGGCCCAACUAAUCAAUCAUUUUCAGAUUUUGAUAUUAGUGUCAGUGUCAAAGGCACAUUCGGGUAUCUGGAUCCGGAGUAUUUCUAUACCAGAAGGGUGACAAGGAAAACAGAUGUGUUUGCAUUUGGGGUGGUAUUAUUUGAAUUGCUAUCAGGAAGGUGUGCAGUGGACGCACGUUACGGAGAAGAGCAAUGUAGUUUAGUAAGGUGGGCUCAAAAAUGUGUGAAGGAUCGAAAACUAUAUCAAUUGGUUGAUUAUAAUAUCAGGGGAACAAUUUUUGCCAAAUGCUUAACACGAUAUGCUCAAAUUGCAUACCGUUGUGUGCAUAGUGUUCUGAAAGAACGCCCUUCCAUGACUGAGGUUGUGGCCUCACUUCAGCUUUUGCUGGAACUACAAGUGAAACAUGACAAUUCAGCUAAAUCAUCAGGCAAAGUGCGGUUCACUUGGAAGAUUCAUAAGUAUCUUGUUCCCACUGCUAAACAAAACUCUGAUCAAAGUGGCAGUACUAGUUCUCAAAAGAGCCUUGAGAACCACAUGAAUCUUCCCUCUUCAAUUAACAAGGAUGAAAGCAAUCAGGGUGAAACAAUGAAAGUGGCUACAUAUCUAAAGAAGUUCACGUAUGUUGAAUUGGAAUGUGCUACGAGGAGCUUUGGAAUUGAUGCAGUCUUGGUCUACGACGAUGUUUCAGAUGUAUUCGAAGGUUCGGAUGAAGCUGGAUUGCCCAUUGCAGUUCAGAGAUUUCGUAACGACAACCAUGAAAGUUUUAAAAAAGUUGAGUACAAUAAAUAGUAUAUUUUACCCUAUCUAUUGUGGCUUAUUAGCAUGAAAAUGUGGAUUGACUCUUCAAAGCUGUAUGGAAAGACAAC